CGUUUCAGUAGUAUUCGGUAAUUCUUGAUGUUCACAUGCCAGUUCGCUGCGGCGUGCGACGACGGUGUCAUACAGAGUGAGAGAAAGGGAAAUUUCAAGUAAAGUUGCCUCCCCCGUGGAUUGAACUAUAGGAAAAGUGGAAAAACAGUUUUUCGCGGUGAACCGGAAACUUUCGGAAAUUAUACGGCGAGAAAAAGUGGCAGACAACCAAUUUGUUGGUAACACUAUUUGCAGUUGUUCGGAAGAAGGAAGAUAAAAAGUGGGCGGUGUUACUCAACAGUAAGCGCCCCGCAGUGUGAGGCAAGAAGCGAAAACCGCAAAUCUGCAAACAAAAAAAGUGUAAAAAUCAUUGACAAAGAAGUGUGUGAUGAAUGAAAAGCAGCAGAAAAUGUGUCAGCGAAAUAAAAAUUGACAUCACAACAACACAGUAGGCGUGUAGGCGUUCGAGAAAUCGACAGUGGAAGAGGCAGCCCCCUGUGUUGCCUGAAGUAGUGAAGUGAAUCUGAAGAAGGUUGUGAAAUAUACCAAUAACGAUUAACCCCUACGGGUCAACCCCUCAUUAGCGGAGAAAAACGAUUUGCAAAAGUUGUGAUGCAACCAGCAGUACAUUUCGGGGCGUGUUAGUGAUUUAAGCCUAUUCUGUUUUGAGAAAAGUCAAGACCCGAUAUCCGGUACCGGAAGGGACCGUUUCGGAUUUUCUACCAGUCAACAAGUCUCCAGGUGGCGUUGCCCCUGGACCACCAGCAGCUGCCAUGAUCAUGGAAGGGCUUGAAACCUUGGUUGCGCCUCCGCAUCACACAUUCCUCCUGACAGAAUCAGCGGCUGCGGCGCACUUUAACGUGCUCAGCUUCGACACCUGCGGACUGUUCAAGACAGCCGCCACGACGACUUCGUUGGGCCUCAACAACAACAAUUCGACGACACCCAACAACAAUCACCAUCACCUGUACCACCCAUAUCACCACCAGACCCACACGGCCGCCACUCAUCACUCUCAGACGGCCACUCAUCAUCACAGCCACCACCCGACAACGGCUCAAACGUCCACCGCCUCCUCCAACUCUACAUCGACGGCAGCCUCCUGCUCCACCUCCUCAUCCUCCAUCACAACACACACCACAUCCACCUCAACCUCUUCCACCAAUCCCAGCAACUCCCACCAUCCGCACCUGAGCCUCCUGAGCACCACCUCCACCAGCGGUCAUCAUUCCUCGGACUCAAAUCUGCACCAGUCGGCCGAGGACCAGUCGCAAUCCCAAGGGGACGCUCAAACCGGCGAUCUCAACACCCCCGUCACAACCUCCGGCGACAUCCCGUCCUUCUUCGGACCGUCAACCGUCGUCGAACCACCACCCAUCACAGGAUCGAUCGAGUCGGACGAUCUCUCGCUGGAACCGCAAGCCGUGUCCAGCCCGUGUGCAAGCCUUUGCAGCCCGACGAAGCAGGAGCGCAGCACACCGCAGUCCGUGGUCAUCGAGGAAGAGGCUAGCAACACCAGCAGCAACGCGAUGUAUCCCUCGUCAUCGUCACAUCAUCAUACGGCGACCCAAUCGUCGCACCACAGCAACAGUGCCAGCCAGGAGAUGCAUCACGAUCACUCCACUGAGCACGAGGACAGCAAGAUCUCCUACAGAGGAAUCUUCACCACUACAGCUGGUCCUGGCAUGGGACUCCAAACGGCAACAGGAUCCCAACUGUCGAUCAUGUCCGGACAGAUGUCUCCGACGUCCGGUCUGAGCGGAUGGGGUCUCCCCAGUCCAGACAAGAGCCUAUUUCAGCCACCCAUGUUCGGACUUCUCGGCCCGGGCCCACAAAGCUCAGCCCAAGCUCACUUUGCCGUAACACAACAGUCCGCUGCUCAAACCCCGUCCCCAGCGGGACAUCAUCAGCACCCCUCACACCACUACAGCACAGACGAACGAAGUCACCAAUCCGUUGAACUUCUGGGUCUAAACAUGGACUGUCCCAGUAUCAUUCUUAAGCAACCGCCUAGCUAUGCCAGUUGCGUUUCAUCGCUAGACAUGCAGCAGCAGCAAGCCCAAGAAAUGCAUCAGUACUCCCGCAGCCAAGCGCUUGGCAUGGGUCAAACUCCCAAAUAUCAAUGGCUUGACUCACCCGUAGAAUACGGAAGUCCCCAACACAACGUAGUCAUCCCUGGCCCCUCAUCUUCCUCCUCCACCGGCAUUAUUCCCAAGCAGGAACCCUUCAGCUCGUCACAAUGCCCGGACGUUAGUCAACUCAGUCAGCUUACGCCCCAACAGCAAGCGCAGUACGCAGUUCAACUAGCCGAGUACAACCCUUCCACCAGCAAAGGUCACGAAAUUCUGAACCAAGUUUACCAGCAGUGUCCCAUGCCAUUGAAGCUAGUCCCAGUGAAGCCCCGGAAGUACCCCAACCGCCCCAGCAAAACCCCCGUUCAUGAACGGCCCUACGCUUGUCCAGUGGAAAAUUGUGACCGACGAUUCUCGCGAUCGGAUGAACUCACCAGACAUAUCAGGAUCCACACCGGCCAGAAGCCGUUCCAGUGUCGCAUUUGCAUGCGAUCCUUUAGCCGAUCGGAUCAUCUAACGACCCACAUCCGGACACACACCGGCGAGAAACCAUUCUCCUGCGACAUCUGCGGCCGAAAGUUCGCCCGAUCAGACGAGAAGAAACGUCAUGCCAAGGUCCAUCUGAAACAGCGGAUAAAGAAGGAGAAAAACAGCCACGGCAGCAGCAGUAGUGCAAACAACAAUACCAGUAGCAGUAGUCAUCAUCAACAUCAGCAGCAACAACAGCAGCAUCACCACCUGUCGGUUGCCCAGCAGCAACACCACCAUCACCAUCACGCGGCCAGUCUUCAUCCACACCACCUCCUGCACGAAGACAUCAACGGUAUUCCGAUCGUGUCCUCAUCCAGUGCGACCAGCUUGUAGACCGAACUUUCGUCGAUAGACGUUAUGCGUUUGAAUGAUCCCCAGAUAAAGCUUGUUCACGACGAUCCGUUCAUGGGUUACAUUGAAACAACUCCGACGCAGACUGACGCCGGCACAGCGGUUUCCAUCCGCCGUCGUGCUCCGCUGGAUUCGAUUGCCGACGGCGAUGACACUCCUUCCGCGGUGGAUGACGAUGUCGACGAAGACGUCGACGUUGGUGACGAAAGCAGUCGACAUUCAGCACCGCCCACGACGCCACAAGCAGCCAAUAGCAGUGCUGCCAGCACAAGUGACGUUAGAACUACAGCUGACCCUGCAGCAGCCACAUCCGCUGUCGCCACCGCCGCCACCGCCGCCGAUGCCAACGAUCAAUCAAUAGUGAUUGUUCUCUUGGUCGAGUAAGUAAGGAAGGGCGUAUGCAGUAAGUUUUAGCCACUUUCAAAAACACUCCCGCCUCCCUCCAAAAGGUGCCAAAAUGUCCCCGCCCACGAUUAUUGCUGUUAGCAUAACCAAACCUGAACACGCAACCACAGAUCGUAGAGGAAAACACAUAGUAAUUGCCAUUCAACGGCAAUCUAAUCAUUCAAUGCGCAAAAUGUCACUCGACGAGAAAAGUGCACACAACAGUGAACAAAAUCAAGGCAAACAUACACAAUUCGCAGGAACAAAACUUCAGCGGGCAAACACACCAACUUGUUGCUUGAAAAAUCUCGUCCAAAUGCGAUGCUUUCAUUUUGGCCAAACUUUAAUCAUUUUUAGAACUCCAAAAUGGUUUCGAAGUUCCUCAUUUAUCUUUCAACAAUUUGAACAAAACCUGAUCGAAAAUUACAGCCGACAUGGAGAAAUCAUAAGCAAAGUACCAAAUCAUUUGGCUUUUAAAAUUUCGCUAAUAGUAAUUGGAUAAUCGCUGAUUGGAGCAUAUUCCAAUUAAAAGUAAACAAAUGUUACAUUUGAGUUCGCUAAUGCUAUCAGAUGCGUUUAAAUGCAUUUUAGUAUCUCGUUGGCAAUCAUUUGACGCUGCACUUGUAUUUCAAUUGGCGGAUGGUGUUUGCUAACUGGAACUUGAAUUUGAACGAUUAGCGAUUGAACAUUGUACAUUUGAAUUCACGACUAAGAUUUUUCCUUCUCUUUAAAAAAAUAGAAAAUAAACAGCAAAACAAAAUAAUGGGAUCAGAUUAGUGCAAAUUCUUAAAGACGAGUGUGUUUGCUGAAACUGAACAAAAUAUCUAAUUCCGAGUUCAUACCAAUUGGGUUUCAGUACAACCAGUGUUUGACAGUCUGACUCGAAACGAAUUAAUGUUUCUUCAUGCCGAAACGAUGCUAAGUGGUAAACAAAAUCUACAUCAAAUUAUUCAGUACAACUUUUAAUAUUUUCCAAUCUCUUCACUAUGCACGAAUCAGCCUUUCAUGCACAUGAAAAUUAUCAAUGUUGAAUGUUUUCCUAAAUUUAUUGUAAUCGAUAUCGAUUUGAUCUACGCAGUUCAAUUUUCGAACCUCAAAUCGACCGUCAUCAAAACCCGACUAACCACCAUAUUGUAUGUAUUGCCCCUUGAUUUCACUUCACUCACGCCACCCACACGCACACAUCCGUCGAUGUCUUCUUCGUUCGGACACAAUCGACCCCGCACGUCUCUCGAGAGUCAAAAACGAUUUUCAUAAACACAAAAAAAAAUUGUUCUAUACUACAAUUUUAUCUCUGAACACUGUGAUCUCAAUUUAUAUGUAAAAGAGAACGAAAUCUAGACUUUUAAUAAGAGGAAUUAUUAGUACUGUAAAAUGAGAGGAAACGCAAGAAUUUAAAUGAUUGUAAAGAAAGCGCACGCAAACGUUGUAUUUAUAAUCGAGCAAGGUAGUGCCGAACUGGCGAUUUGACAAGAAGAAAAACUGUCCGUACUAAUUGCGAUGAAGUGUUAUAAAAUUAUAAAAAAAAUUCAACUUAAAUUAAGUGGAAGUUAUUUUGUGAUUUCUCUUGAAUGCACAAGUGUCAAACGAGCACAAACUGCUAUGCAUCACUCCGAUGCGAAGAGAAAGAGAAACUAGGAACUUCUUAUAAAGAAAACAAAUUGUACUAAAUCUGUACUAAACGGGACAUUAUUAAAAAAUGAUAACGACGUAGUUAGUGGAUUUUUUCUAAAAUAAUUAAAACUAUUUAAAAUAUGUUACUGACACCCAUAACAUUGAACAUAAAUAAACAAACACAAAACGCAAAAAUAUACAAUGCAAAGGUGACAAUCGACGAAAAAAAGCACACAAUGGUUGUCCUUUUGGCCUCGAUUCGUUUCGCCAGUUUCCUAGAAGCUUCUUACGUUUCAUAAGUCCUUUUAUUUCGUCGUGUACAAAUCCGAGCUAAAGCCAACCGCACACAUGAAUGCGCUGCCAUAUUAAGAUACUUUGUUUUGCAAUUUCUGUUAUCAUCCGAACUUUGUAAAUUUCCAAAACAAGCUGAGGAUAGAGCUUCCCCGGGUUCUGCCAGUGCCAUGAGCAAAUUCUCCUGCGUAGAUUACAAUCUAUUAUUAUUCUUGUUUGCUAUAUUUCCAUGUUUUAUAUUUUAUUUUAUUUAGCUUGUCAUUUCUUACAAGAAUGAGAUUCCACCGAUUGGUUAGGACGCGAGCCCUCCUUCCGAAGGAGGUGGUAAACAUUAAGUUUCAGUGCUAGUCCGAGUGCUUUUAGGUUAUAAGACGUAAGGAAACUCAUCCAUCUGACCGAAUUACUUCGAUAGCCACAAUUUAGUAAAAAAAAUAACAGUACACAAAAAUAGCCUAUCGAUACGAAACAGAGAAAGUCACUUGAAGCGAAAAUUUAAUAAAAAUGUGUUUUAAGAAUCGAACUUUUUGCAACUAAUUUCGAAAAAAAACUAAUAACACAGUAAGGAACGAAAAGGCUUUAAUUAAUUAACAAUAGUUGUUAAGCAAAUGUUGAAAGUUUCGAUGAAAAUGAAGAAAAGGUUAUUAAAAUUUUACGGUUUUACCAAAUAA